ACAUGGACUCUUGCGGGACCCGGCCGCUAGAAUGCGCGCGGCGUGGCCGGCCAAGAUCGCCGUCGCCUGCGCCGUCCUGUUCGCGCGGCUGCGCUCGGAGGACCGAUCCGCCGACGUCGACGGCCCGUCCGCCCGCGGGGUCGACAUCGCGCGCUGCGCCGGUGCGCGCGCCGGCGAGGUGCGGUGCGUCUCGACGCUGCUCCGCCGCGGGGAGGGCGGGGGGUCGAGGCGCGUCGAGGCGCGGUUCGUCUUCGCCGUGGGCUCGGAGCUGGAGCCGGUGCGGAGGUGCGGCGUCGAACGCCCCGUCGUCGACCUGAACGACACGGCGUGCGAGCUCAGGCGGAGGUACGCGCUCCGGCUGACGUCGGCGAGGCUCGGCGCGGCGGCGGGAGGGCACCCGGACGCCUACUCGGGGGGGUCGCCGACGAAUACGACGACGACGCCCGGGCUGGCGGACAUCCUCGGCCAGCUGCGGGGCAUCGAGAUCUCCUACGCCAACGACAACUGCUCUGAGGAGAACAGCCUCGGCUGCCUGGCGCAGGGGUUCCUGGAGACCAGCGCGCAGUGCAACCUCACCACAUGGCAGCCGGAGGGCUGCGACCUGAACGCAACCUUCGAUGACUCGUCGCUCGUGAAGGUGUUGGAGACCUCCUCCGCGGGGCUGGACUGGUGGGAGGCCGUGGUCUACCUGCGCCUAGUGGCCAGCGUGAAGGAGCUGCGCAUAUGCGGCUACCUCAGCUGCGAGCUGCCGGCACUGGACGCCCUCGGAGCCCUGCCCCUGCAGAGCACCUCUGCCGUCAGCCUGACCCGGGUGCGCGUGGCCGACUGCAGCCUGCCGGGCAUCAGCCUGCCCAGCCUCAGGACUCUCUGCAUCGCCGACAGCGCGCUGCCCGCCGACUGCAGUUUCAGAAACACCGACGCCGGUGACCUGAGAAAGCUCGUUCUGCGCAACGUCAGCUUAUCAUCCGUCCCCCGCGAUCUGUCGAGGUUCGCCAACUUGGAGGUUCUGGACCUAUCCAUGAACGAGAACAUGGUCUCGGGUGACGUGGCCAGCUUCCAGAGGGAAGUGAUCGCCUGGAGCCGGUUGGGAAACAUCAGGUCGCUGUCCCUGUCUCACGUGCGACUCGACUCGCUGUCCAUUCUGGGCAACCUCAUGACCGAACCUCUCGGAAACAAGUGCACCCCGAUCUCGAACAUGACGGAGCUACUGCUCUCCGGGUGCCACAUCCAGGACCUGGAAGACGAAAACUUCUACCGAUGCCUCUCGUCCUUGAACAUUCUGGACCUGUCCCAGAACAGAAUUUCGACUUGGUCUUCAAGGGUGUUCUACAAACUUGAAAAAGUUAAAUUCAUCAACCUCUCCCACAACGGCAUCACCGCUCUCCCGGAGUUGGAGCUGCACAACGGCACCACCCUAGAGUUCCUGGACCUGUCUCACAACGGUAUCACGUCACUGAACAACUUCGUGAGGUCCGGCAGCACCUCGGUGCUGAACCUGUCGUUCAACAAGAUCUCCGAGUGGUCCGUCGAGGAGAUGUUCUGCCUGAUCGGCACCUACCGCACGUGGGUGCAGCACCUCAACCUGUCCUUCAACUCGCUGCGGACCGUCUCCCGCGUCAUGGGCGACUCCAUGCUGAUCCUCAAGAGCGUGGACCUGCGCGGCAACCGCUUCGACUGCUCCGACUGCAACACCACCGAGUUCAGGAAGUGGCUUGAGAAGACCAUGUUCAAGUACGAGCGGCUGACGGUGGUCGGGACGGACCACAUGAGCGUGGUCUGCUCCGCCCCGGAGGCGCUGGCAGGGCGGAACCUGCUGGCGGUGGAGGUGGACUCCUCCCACUGCGACCUCGCGGAGAGGCGCAACUACGUGCUGCUGGUGGCCGUGCCCCUCGCCGCCGUCCUGCUGCUGACGGCGAGCGUCGGCUCCGCUCUGGCCUACAAGUUCCGUUUCGAGCUGGCUUACAUCAGGUACUACUGGAGCAUCAAGACGAGGAAGAACAGCGCUGCCGUCACGGAGACCGGGGAGUACGAUUUUGACGCCUUCGUCUCUUACAGCAGCCACGACCGCGCCUGGGUGCUGGGCGAGCUGAUGGAGCAGCUGGAGGCGAGCGGCGAGCGGUACCGUCUGUGCCUGCACGAGAGGGACUUCCGGCUCGGCUCGCUCAUACUCGAGAACAUCGAGUGCUCCAUGAGGAAGAGUCGAUUCACGCUGGUUGUCCUCUCACGGGGAUUCGUCGACAGCCAGUGGUGCCGCUGGGAGCUGGAGAUGGCCAACUACAAGCUGCUGGACGGCCGCAGGGAGUUCCUCAUCCUGCUGGAGCUGGAGCGGCUGGAGAGACGCCGCGUCCCCCGCCACCUCAAGUACCUGAUCGAGACGCGCACCUGCCUGCAGUGGCCUGGCGCCGGGGCGCCGCCCCAGCAGCGGGGGAACUUCUGGCGCCGUCUGAGAAGGGCCCUGGGCGAGAGCCUGCACCAGAGGCGCCAGCGGCUGUCUGCCGCCGCGCCUCCUCAUGCCCGACCUCCUCGCACCACCACCACCACCACCAACACCACCACUUUGACAACCACCACCACGACCACGACAACCACCACCGUCGUCGCCAGCGACGACAACGUCGACAAGAACUGCAACGUCGCGCCGUCCGUCGUCGGCCCGCUGGCGGUCCUGGUGCUCCCGCACGCGAAACUGACCGAGGAGUCCGAAGUGUGAACCGAUCAGCUUUACUCGGUACUUUUCUCAGUACGGUGGGGGACUAAUUUCCCCGUAACUCGAAAACAGCACGAGCUAAACUCUUCCCCGUCUAAAACCGUAAGCAAGUAUAGAUUACCGGCACGACUCGAAAUCGGGAUCGGGCUGGCUCAAGCUUUCAUUCUAUCCGCAUCAGAAUUACAUUAAGUUGAACAAAUCAGACAACAAGCAAAAAUAUAUAUGGAAUAGAAAAAAAGGCAACAUAAAUCAUGAAAUACCCAGAGUAGCAGGUAAAAUGUUUGGAAGUAUCUUGAGAAAUAUUUACGUUGACUUUUGACCAAGUGUAUUUAAUUGUUUAACAUUGGUAUUCAUAAAAUAAGUGGUACAUUCAGUGGCCGUGCGAGUAAAAGACGAAGUUUUCUUGAGGGGACGGUUCUUGGGUUCAACGUCAACCACUAGGUGUGGCUAUUUGUGAAUAGCGAAUCGGUGACCAAGUGAUGCAUAACCCGAUAUGAUAUUUAAUGCCUUUUUCGCUCAAUCGUCAGAGUAUAACUGUGCAGCAUGAAAAAAUCCUCCAUGAACCAAAUAAGAGUUUUCUUCGCAUGUAAUGGACUUCUGGUGUGUCUUCCUACAUUUUACCGAUGUUAAUAAACUUGACAUGAAGUGUUAAGCUCAUUUUAUAAUCGUUUCAUUGGCAGCAAGACAUUUGAAUCUAUAUGUUUUAUUAUAUCACGUAUUGUAAUAAAUGUACAAGCAAGACUUGUCAUUCCAUGUCAUCUCAUUCUGUGAGUGCUUAUGAUUCGUUAGCCAUGUAAUAGGAGUCCCAGGAAAAUAUGCAAGUCUCCCAGUCAAAGUUAUAAAAUCGGUUUAACGUACAUUGCUUAUCUAGUCAUAAUGUUGGCCUACUCAUUAGCUCUGAAUUUGUAGUUUCUUCUCUCAUUAAUUACGAAAGAUUAAAAGUGAGGAUGAAGUUUUUUAGUUCAUGAUACUCUUAACUUUUACUGAAUGAUAAUAUUUAAAUGUUCUAUUUUAGGAAUUUUUUGUAUAGCUUAGUUAUGAAUGGUGAGUGAAAGUUUUGGUAAUUUUAAUGUUGAUCGUUUAUGUAUUACAUUAAAAUCCCGUUACAUUUUUAGAAUUAAUUUUUGUAUUAUUGAACUAUUACGCUGUGCUAUAAAAUUUAGCCAAGAAAUUUCUCUUUUAGUUUGUCAGAAACAGUCCUACAUGUAUAAAACAUGGUGUUGCACUUAUUGUUCCAAAAAUUUAUAUGGAUUUAUUUUAUUAUGUUCCUUAUGUAUGUGCUUUGCUCUGUAAUAAAAUUCCAAAGACUCUCUUAUAGUUACCAUGUGUUUGAAAAAUUCAACUCUACCAUUCUGUUGUAUCUUAGAAUUAUUCAGAAUGUCCUCUUUUAUUCUGGUUUGUCCCAUAUAACAACGACCAAUUGUCCUUUGGCAAAAAUCAAACAAGCAUUCGUAGAAUCAUUGAGUCAUGACUUAUGUUUCAAAAUGUAAAAUAGAAGGGACAAUAAAGUUUCUAUGAACUGCAGAGACUGCAAAAAAAAA